GUCAUGUGACAAUUUCAAGAUGGCCGCGCCCUCAGUUUGGCGACAUGGCGUUGUUCAUUUUGUAACAACACAGUGUCAGUCAGUGUAAAACAGCUUGUCAAAGCCUGCACACUCUUAUUCAAGUCUUCCUUUGACGCUGGCAAUAAUGGAUAAAGACAGCUUGAUUCUCCCCGAAGACUUUCCAGAGCUGAAGAACGACACAUUCCUCAGAGCCGCUCGAGGAGAAGAGAUCGAGCACAUUCCAGUGUGGUGCAUGAGACAGGCUGGCCGCUAUCUGCCAGAGUUCAGGGAAUCGAGGGCAGGGAAGGAUUUCUUUGAGACAUGCCGCUCUCCUGAAGCUUGCUGUGAGCUGACGUUACAGCCCCUCAGACGAUUCCCAUUUGAUGCUGCCAUCAUCUUCUCUGACAUCUUGGUGGUCCCUCAGGCCAUGGGAAUGGAGGUCCAGAUGAGUCCAGGAAAGGGCCCCACUUUCCCAGAACCACUGAAGGAGCCUGAAGAUCUGCAGAGACUAAAGACUAAAGUGGACGUGUCGUCUGAACUCGACUACGUUUUUAAAGCCAUCACACUGACACGACACAGAAUCGAGGGAAAAGUGCCUCUCAUCGGCUUCACUGGAGCUCCGUGGACUCUGAUGUCCUACAUGAUUGAAGGAGGAGGCUCUGCGACGCACUCAAAAGCUAAACGCUGGCUCUACAGGUUCCCAGAGGCCAGCCACAAACUCCUGAGCCAGCUAACAGACGUCAUAGUGGAGUAUCUUCUCGGACAGGUGAAAGCUGGAGCUCAGGCUCUGCAGGUUUUCGAGUCUCAUGCUGGUUGCUUGGGCCCAGUGGAGUUUAAAGAGUUUUCUCUGCCUUAUCUGAGAGACAUUGCUCGUCGUGUCAAAGCCAAGCUCAAAGAAUCUGGUUUGGACAAUGUGCCUAUGAUCGUUUUUGCUAAAGAUGGUCAUUAUGGGCUCGAGGACCUCUCUGAGUCUGGUUAUGAAGUUGUGGGUCUUGACUGGACCAUAGAUCCUCGUUCAGCACGUAUCCGGACGGGAGGAAAAGUUAGUUUGCAAGGCAACAUGGAUCCCUGCGCACUUUAUGCCACAAAGGAGCGCAUAUCAGAGAUUGUGAAGAGGAUGUUGGAGGGCUUUGGCACCAAGGGCUACAUCGCUAAUCUGGGCCAUGGCCUGUACCCUGAUAUGGACCCAGAAAAUGUGGGCGCGUUUGUAGACGCCGUUCACAUCCACUCUCGCCAGCUCCUCAACCGCAAAUAAGAGGUUCCUCUCUCGUCAGGAGACCUGAACACAAGAGAAAAACAGCAACUGUUGGUGUGCAUGGCUUUAUCAUUCGAUAUGUCACCGGGUGAACCACUC